AACCGGAGAAUAACACCUUGUGAAAGCCAAGCUGCUACUGUGAGAGUGAGGCACAAAACCUCUCUCUCCCUCUCUCUCUCUCUCUCUCAAGACGAACAGAUUUAUACGUAUUUUUUAGCUUGGGGAGUUGAUGGCAUCCAAGCUGGUUCAAUUGCAAUCCAAGGCUGCUCAAGCUUCGAACUUUUUGGCCAAGAAUGGAGGUGCCUACUACAAGCAGAUAUUGGAGCAAAACAAGCAGUACAUUCAAGAGCCACCUACCGUUGAGAAAUGCAACCUUUUGUCAAAGCAAUUGUUUUAUACUCGUCUAGCCAGUAUUCCUGGACGCAAUGAAGCAUUCUGGAAGGAGCUUGAUUAUGUUAAGCAGCUGUGGAAGAACAGGAAUGAGCUUAAGGUUGAGGAUGCUGGCAUUGCUGCUCUGUUUGGAUUGGAAUGCUUUGCCUGGUUCUGUGCUGGUGAGAUUGUAGGUCGAGGAUUUACAUUCACAGGCUACUACGUUUAAGUGCUGCAUCAGGAAGAUCUGCUCCUGAAGUUGAACUGACCGAGCUUCUCAUCGUUUAAUUUUUUGCAUGUUUUAAUAUCUAUCGUCUUCUGUCAAAUGACUAUACGUGUUAAAAUGUUUUCCUGUGAGAAUAUGAACACUGUGUAGAUGAACAUAUUCAUUAGCAUCAAUAAUCUCUUAAUUUCGUGUUUUCAUC